CUUUUCAGAUUCAGCUGAUUCAAUUAAAAAAACUCAAAAUUUAUAUGAAAAAUGUGAACUUAUAGAUCAUUUGACAUAUAUCAAAGCUAAUUUUAGACGACCGCAAGCUGUCAAAAUGACAGUAACACAUUUUUUUUAUUAAUGGUAUGCCUUAUGUAUUAGAUUAGAUUACCUAGCCAUUUAUGAGAUAUUUCAGUUUAAAAAUAAUUAUCAUUCGAUUGCUGGACAAUGGUCAUAUUGUUUAAACAUGGUCAAGUGUGCCUUGAUAGCAACCAUAUUGUCUACGUUUGCAAUUGUUUUCACAAUGUUCUACUUUGGACGACGAAGUUAAAUAACUUACAUUUCAAAUGGGUUAUACUGAAGAAGAAAAACGUCAAAUACUAAAAUUACAGUAGAAACUUUAUAUAGCGAAAUUGAAGGGACUGCUUAAUUAUUAAGAGUUAUAGGCACUUGAAAAAUAACAAUACGCAUAUGUGUUCUGUAAUAUUUAGUUAUUUUAUAUACAUAUUUUAACAUCUACUUAGGAAUAUUUUAAAUAAUUAUUUGAGAACUAGAUUCAAUGUUUCAAAUAAUCGGUCAUUUUCUUUUGAAUUUUUUUAGUAUUGGCUUGUAUUUUCACCAUUUCUUAGAGAGGGGCAUCUUCCCCAAGAUACAUUUUUUUUAAGCAUAAAAAAACUGGACAUUUUUACCGCUUUUUUAUUCCACUAAACAUCACGCGAUGACAACGCCGCCGUAAGUUUCCACCGCGUUGAAUUCAGUGUCACGCGAUCGGUGCACCUUUAAAAAUAGAAAACGCGUAACGAUAAUCUUACGGUACGAUAACGGAGGCGCGUAUCGCGCAAAGACACACGCUCCGUCUUAAUAACGAGCGGUACCGCCAACGCGACGGGCGUGGGACGAACGGCAUUACGCGCCUAGGAGUACGCGUGUCGCUGCUCGAUUCGGGAAAACUGUCGUCGCCCGCUGCGAGCCCUAAAUUCGAUUUCGUGCGUUUCACACGAGCAUAGCGAUGGCGAACGUGGUGUAUUCGAUCAUUUGGCUCCUCAUACUGGUCUUCAUAUCGUUCUUCGUGGCCGGUUUCUGCGCGGGCUUCUACAUCCUCGUCUACCCGCUGACAGUCUGUAUACCGGCGUUAUCGGGCCUGUCGGACCUGCUGCUGCAAGGCGUCCAAUUUACUCACUACUGCGCAGACAAAAUGAUGAGCGGCGCGCCGCUGGGGUGACGGGCGCCCAUGGGAAAAUUUGAGGUUAUUCAAUUCCGUUGGGCAAUCUGCGUAAGCGGCAUCACCCUAUAAUGCGAAUCACUAAAUGUGUUCAUUCUUAAUAUUAUUAUUAUUAUUAUUAUUAGAAAUUACUUAUAAAAACCGUACUAACUAAUGUCAUUAUAAUUUUAAACCAGAGUGCGUUUGUUUUAUUUUCAAUGGAAGUCCCCAUUUUUUAAAAUUAAUUUUCAAUUCUUUUCGAAAUUCAUCAAUUUUUUUUCCCAAUAUUGUAAUAUAUAACAUAAGAUUUGAAAUUCUAAGCUGAACGAACCAUUGUUGUGUAGUUUACCAAUAUCAUGCCUUGUUUUUUUAUUAUUUUGCUAGGUAAAUGAGAUAGCAAGAUCAGCAAACAAUGAAAUUUAAUUGGUUGGGCAUGAAUAAAAAGGAGAAAUUUCCAAAGUUAAAACUCUCCAAAUUAAUACUUAGUAAGUAGGUAUUAUGUUUUUCAAAAAUAAAUAGGACGCCAAUUUAAUUUAAAUAAAGUAUACGAAAUAUAAUUCAAUAAAAUAUAAAUUAUGGCGAUUGCUCAGUUGACACUUUUUUUAAGGUGUGAUUGCUGGACUGAGUUAUAAUAAAACUGACUUUUUUGUAACCCAUAUACGUUUUAGAUUACAUAUCUUUUUUGAUUCUAGACUUCUUUUCGUAUCUUAUUGCUUAGUUUUUGAAAACAAAAAUAAAAUCCACUUUCUCUUCAUGUUGCUCACAUUGUUCAGACUUCUACUAAUUCUAACAAUUCCAAAAACAUCGCAAUUACGAGAAACGAAUUUUCAAAAAGUUCGGCACUUGUAUCCUCAUAAUAAUCCAAGCUAACAUCCCUAAUAUUCUUUGAAGACAACAGCAAGCGCUCUUCUGACCCAGAGUGAAUUAUGGUGAUGCGUUUUCUUUUAUUUGAAGAUGCACGUUUCAAGAAAAAUUAUGGAUCUAUUGUCUAAAUCGAAAUGAAAAUGGAUACUGUUGAUUAUAUUAAAUUAACUUUCAUGGGGUGCCUUGUAUAAGCAUUAACCCAAAGAUGAAAACCACAACAUAGUUACAAAUAGAUAAUUUUGCUUAUAUUUUUAAUAAGAACAAUUAUUUUAGUAUCUUUAAUUAACUAUGGUUAAUUAUAAUCGCAAAAAGAAGACUUUGACAGUUAAUAGAACUUUUAAAAUUCAUUUUAAUGUGAAUUAUAUUUUCUCUGUUUCUCCAUUAUAUCUAAAUGGUUCGACAUAAUCGCACAAAAUUUGGAAUUUGGGUGACUUGGAGAGCACUCGUUGUUAGUUUUCAUACUGCCAAUAGAUGGGGCAACCGGUUUCUCAUUAACGAUCACAACUUUUUCAGUUAUUAAAUUCGCCCAUUCUAUUUGCUCAUAUCUCCUCGCCAAUAGUUCAGACAAACUUAGAAAUGUCACAUUUCUAAGUUUAAAUAAAUAACUAAUCAAAAUUUAAUAACUGUACCAUCCUCAUACGUAUUCAUAAUAACGUUUUCCGUUGAUUUUAAAACACCCGGUAUAUACAUACACGUAAACAAAACCCCACCUUUCCUUAAAAAAAAUAAAUGUGAGCUGGGGCAAAUGUCAGCGUUAAUUAUA